AUGAUGAUAAGGACAAUCUUCCUGCUGGCCCUGUUGGGCUUUGCUGCCGUUUCAACUCUUGCUCAAAGCUUCUCUGCUGGUGUGAGCUACCGGGCAAUCGAUGAGACCACAUCAUGUACCGAAGAUGAAGAAGAAGUCAUUGAGAGAAUUUCCUUCGAGGCAUUGGAGAAUGCUGGAUUGAGGUUGGCAGGUAGCAGCUCCAAUUGGAAAAUCCAGCGAGGAAACAGUGGCAGACGGGCUCUGACGGAAGAAGAAGAAGAAGAAGCAGAAGAAAUGAGGAAGGAACUUGCAGCUGCCGAAUUUCGCGAACUCAUGAUGGAGGCAACUCCUGGGCAUCGAAAGCUUUGUGAGUGUCAAACCCUCUGUCGCAGCGGCUUGGAAUGGUUUUGUACUUGUUGCGCUUGCUGCAACCGUCGACGAGGCCGAAGCCUGAGUUUCCGUAAUUUGCAAAAACUGAACGACAAGACCAUCGACCAACUCGAAAUUGAUACCGCUGAAGAGGCCAAGACUCUCCUUGCAGCAGAAAGCACGUUCCCGUCCUGCUUGCAAUCGGAUCCAGUGGAAGUCGUUGCCAAAAUUGAAGAUCAUUCAAAUGCCAAUGGGAACGCCAAUGGAAAUGCCAACGGGUCAUCCAAUCAACCGGAUCGUUCAUCCAAUAUUACUUUGGAGGGAGACGGUUCUGCCGGUGCUAGAAUCACUUGCGCUAUUGGAUUGAGCGCUUCCUUCAUGUUGGCGCAAUUAUUCUUUGUCUAA